AUGGCUAACACGGCGAAAAUCUCUCUCAAGAGGAAGUUCAUAAAAGCCGGAGUGUUCAAGGCUGAACUGGAUGAGUUUCUAAAGCGUGAAUUAGCUGACGAUGGUUACAGCGGGUUUCAAGUACGGGAAAGCCGUAAAUAUACAGAAGUUAUCAUAUUAGCUACAAAAACUCAAAGUGUUCUCGGGGAAGGAUCACGUCGUAUUCGAGAACUCACCUCCGUAUUGCAAAAGCGGUUCGGAUUUCCCGAAGGUACUCUUGGAUUAUUCGCAGAAAAAAUGACUUUCCGCGGUCUAAGUGCUAUUGCACAAGCAGAGUCUCUCAGAUACAAACUUACUUAUGGUUUGCCUGUUCGCAAAGCAUGCUAUGGUAUCCUGCGUUUCAUAAUGGAGUCUGGAGCUAGGGGAGCUGAAGUUAUUGUAUCUGGUAAAAUCAAAGGUCAAAGAGCUAAGGCUAUGAAGUUUUGUGAUGGCUUAAUGAUUCACUCUGGUGAUCCAGUUAACUAUUACAUUGACAGAGCUGUUCGUCAUGUACAACUUCCUCAAGGUAUACUAGGAAUCAAAGUGAAAAUUAUGAUGGAUCACGAUAGUACUGGCAAAAAGGGUCCACGGAAACCUUUGCCUGACUCUGUUACAAUCUUGGCCGCUAAAGAAGAGGUAAUACCAACUGCACCAUAUUCGGAAAAUAAAAUGUAA